GAUCCAGCCCCCGCUUCCCUUCCUGGGUGCCAAGCGAGGGGCCGGCGAGGGCGCCCUGGGCUCCAGCCGCGCGGCCGCUCGCCCCGUCGCCUGCCUGCCUGCCUGCCUGCCUGCCUGCCUGCCGCGCAGCCUCCCCGGAAGUGGGGCGGCGCCUGCUCCCCUUGGGCGCGGCCUGCUGGGCGAUGGCGGCGUCUCCCGGGUCUCCGGCGGCGCUGCGGCGGGUGCGGGAGGCCCUGAGCGCGGCGCUGGGCGAGCUGCGAGGUGCGCGCGGGCUCCGGGGCGGGGGGGGGGGGGCGGGCGGGGCGGGCGGCGCUCUGCAGGCGCUCAGAGGCACGCUUCUCUUGCAGGCGGCGAGAGCCGGGAGGGCGCCGGAGGCUUCGAGGCCGGGCGCUUCUGGGAGGCCCUGGGUAGGUGCCGCCUUCGCGGAGACCCCUCGGGGCGGGGGGGGCGAGGCUGCAGGGACCCCCCCCGGGAUGGGCUGCCCCCUUGGCCGGAGGGGCCUUUCCCCGCGACCCCCCCCCGCCUCACCCUCCCGCCCUUCUCCGCAGAGGAAGCCUUCCAGGCCGCCUCGCAGGAAGCCACCAAGCUGAGCCUGGCCUUCUCGAGACCCCCGCCGCCUUCCCUCCAGGUGGGUGAGGGGCUUCCCGGAGCCCCCGUCCCUCCCCCCCCCCCAUCCUGGCCAUUUCUCACGCGGCCGGGGGGGGGAGGGUUCAGUGACAUAGGAAGGGGGUGCGGUGGGUGCGGGCCGCCCCGGUGUCAUCACUAAGGGGGGGGGUGACAAAAUGGCAGGGGGCUAGGGGAGUCUGAAUUAACCUGACAGUUAAAAAUGCCACAGGGAAUAUAUGAUGAUGAUGAUGCCGAACAGAACAACACUCUCUAUUCCUGGAAUCAAGAGCAAAGGUGUGGCGGGGGGGGGGGCACUGGGUGCCCAAGCCAUGUCUCUCUCCUGGGGGUGACUUGGUGGCUCGGGCACCUGCAGGCGCCACGCUGCCCCAAACGGCAGCUGAGGGGCGGUGGUGGCCAGGCUCCAUGCAGCGGCCCUGCCCCAGCUCACCCCACCCAGUGGGUGGCUUGCCCUGCCCCUGGGCAGAGGGCGCAUCCAUCGCUCCAGGCACCUGAGCAGCUGGCGAGGCCACUGGGGGGGGUCCUUCUCUCAUUUGAUCCAUUCUUUGCUUUAAUUUCACAGGCUUCCGAUAAUUCUCCCUCAAUGCUCCCAGAUCUCUCCUCUCCCCCCCCCAUCCUGCCCAGCCUAGUUGUCUGAGCCCAGGGCCUUUUUUGCGGCGUGGGGGUGGCCUGCUGCCUUGUGAGCCAGGUAACCUUUGGGUGCUGUCCCCUUGCAGGAGCAGGAGAGCCUGGCGGAAGGGGUGCAAAGCGCUGUCCUGGCAGCCGCCUCCGUGUAUUACCAGCUCCCCAAGGGCCAAGGUGAGCAAGAUGGGGCCCCGCGAGGCAGGGACAAGGGGGUUCUCUGGGGGGCAGCGUGUGAGGAGCAGGCCGGGGGGCAGGCACUAGGUUGGGCUCCUGCACCUUGUGCUGGCGAGAAAAGAAGAGUCCGAGAAUUGUAGUGUUGGAAGGGGCCCCCAAUAGCAGGGGAGGCGUCUUCGCUUCUCUGAAGGGCUGCCCCAUGUAAGAGGAAGCCUGCUGGUUUUCUCCGGCUCUGGAGGGCAGGACCCAAAGCAGUGGGUUCAGUUUACAAGAAAGGAGAUUCCGACUCAGCAUUCAGAAGACCUUUCUGACAGGAAGAGCUGUUGGGCAGUGGAGCCGUCUCCCAUAGAAUCGUAGAGCUGGAAGGGACCCUGAGGGUCAUCCAGUCCAACCCCCUGCAGCUGUCCCUUACGGGGAUCGAACCUGCCACCUCGGCCUUAUCAGCACCAGGCAGCUGAGCUAUGCAGCUCAGACUCGCCUUCCUUGGAGGCUGUGAAGCAGAGAUGGAUGUCGUGGGUUCUGUGGCCGAGAUUCCUGCAUGGCAGGGGGUUGGACUGGAUGACCCUCAAGGUCCCUUCCAACCAGAAGCCUGAGGUUCUAUACGAGGUCUGGGGGGGGGGCUGCCUGCAGUCUCUGUGCGUGAGUGCCAAGGAGGCAGGGCAGCGGUGAUGGGGCUCUCUUUGCCCCCUGCAGGGACCACCCUGCGCAGAGCAGUGCGCGAUGCCACGGUGCAGGUGGUGGAGGGGAUGAUUCAGCUGAUCGAGGUCAUCCUUCGGACCCCCCUGCAGAGGUGAGCUGCUGCUGCUGCUUCCGGCCCUCACCUUCCCAGGGAAUGCUGGGGGGAGGCAGGAGGUGCAGGACGUCUCUCCCCAGAGAGUGGGGCACCCUCCUCUGCCGCCCCCGUGGGCCUUGCCGCAAAAGUGGAGGCCCCCCUGGGCCUGGGGCCCCCUCCUGACGCUUCUCCGCUCUCCCUUGCAGCCUCUCGCAGGAGCAGCUUGUCUCGACGGGAGGCGUCUGGGAGGCCUGCAGCCGAGUUUUCAGGAUGCCUCGAGGUGAGUCAGGGGCCACCCCAGGGCAGCCUGGGGGCAGGGUGGGGCAGGGCGAGGGACGCCACCCCUGGCGCUGCCAUUGCUGCUUCCCCUUCUUGCCUUGCUCCUCCUCCCUUUCUUCUCUCCCCACAGAUAACCAGGCGGCUGUGACCCUGGCCAUUACCCAGGCGCUGGGGAUUGUCAAUGACGCACUGGAGGAGAUGAAGCAGGUGCGCAGGGAGGGGGGCUGUCGGGGGGGGGCUGUCUGCCGGCUUCACUUGCAAGAGAGCAGGGGGUAUCACCAUCCCUAUUCUGCAACUGGAAAGCCUCUAAGUUUGAAGCGUCAGACCAAUGGGUUUAAGCACAACAUUUAGGUAUCCUGAAAUUGCAUUUGCCUUUUCAGACGCUGCGUCACACGGUGGGCUCAGGUCAGAAUGCAGAUUGCCAGAAUGUAAAGUCUUCUGAAAUUGGGGUGGGGGUGUUUGUUCAGGGGCAGUAAAUGGGCUCAUGCCUUUCACGAAAGCCAUAUUGACCCUUGACGGAGCACCUCAUUCUUUCCUGUUACUGGGCCCAGAUAGUAAAAUCUGCCUGUUUCUUAAUUUUUAUUUUGGCAAAAGUCCAAGCCACCCCCCCAUAAUGCAGCCUGCUCAACCCAUACUUAAACCUGGCACUGCCCCCCCCUUUGGAUGUGCCACUCUCCCCUCUGCCUCUUCUGCUGUGUGGCUUCUGGGGGCAGAUAAGGGCAUUUGUCGCCCCACGCAGGCUAGAGGCCGCCUCUCCGGAUAAGGGCUCCUGCCUUGCCUGGGCUGCCCUGAUAGAGCCCCCACCCCUGGGCUUCGCCCCUCUGCUCUGGGCUCUUAAUAGCUUAUGCAGCCGCCAUGAAAAACUGGCUUGGCUUUCCUGUAAAUCUGCUCUACUGAGAUAGGAAGGGUUGUCAGAGGGAGCCUUUGGCCUAAUAGAGGUUUGGGGGUUUUUACAUUUCAUUAAUUGACAAAAUAAACCAAAGAUAAGGAGCAUACAGAAAUACUCAGCAAGUUGAAAGCAGCAUGAGGUUGGGCGUUAGCACUGAACAUGUUAUUCCAGAAUAACAGGUUUAUGGGAGAAAGGGGUAAACUGCUUUAUAUGUGUUAUUUUAUAAUAACUUGGCUUGAUCAUAGCUACUGCAGUCCAAAUUUUCUCAACCCAUUCAGAUACAGAAGGAGAUGUAAUAGCUAAAAGUUAGGGGGAAGCAUAAUUAAGCAGCAGGUACAAGGUGUAACACUGUUCCUUGAUCUAGUAGGGUUUUGACUGGAUUCCCUCUUGCGCUGCAGACCUGGGAAUCCCCAGAUGCGCUGUGGUUGCCUCCCCCCACUUCCCUUAGCGCCCCCCCCCGCCUGCAUUGGGAGCUGCCAGGGGGCUGGACUAGAUGACACCUGGAGUCCCUUCCAACUCCACAAUCCUAUCAGUCUUAUUUCCUCCCUCCUUGCUUGUAAUGCCCGACUGGGGAGGUUAGCAACUUGGUGGCCCCCCUGGUAUUCCCGUGACUGGGACGGUGGAUGCCCACCCCCUUCCCUGCCUGGGGGGGGCGGGAUGAGAGUGUGACUGGCAUGUCCCUUUUGCUCAGGCGCAGACUGAAGGUGGAGACCCGUACAGUGAUGUCCUGGAGGAUGAGGACUUGGGCUCGCGGGCAAACAGGGACACUUACUGGUCAGCGGCUGACCGGCAGCUGCUUGGCCCCUGCCUGGGGCUGGUGAAGGCCGCCAAGAUUUGCCUGAAGAGGGUCCAGGGGGCCGUCAGAGGCCGUGGAAGGACCGACAAGGCUGAGCAGGUGGCUCAGUUAGACGACCUGGCCGACAUUGCAGGAGACGUCAGCCCCAGGUGAGGCAGCCGGGGGAGCCUUGGGGGGAUUGCUGUGGCCUAGGGGGUGGGCCAGGGCAGCAAGACCAGUCCCAACGCCCUCCCUGCAGGGUUGCUCCACUCUGUCCUUGGAAAGCCCCCCCCCCCCGAGGGUUGCAUGAGCCUGAGGAAGGGGGCGCCAGGAGCCUUGCAGCCGAGUCCAGUGCAUGCUGUGCUCCCUCAGGCUGCCUCUCUUUUGGGUUGGGGGCUGGGGGGGGGCAGGAAACGGCAAGGCACCCUCCCCUGACCCCUCCUCCUUCCUGUUUUAUUCUGCAGUGUGGACGAGUUGGUGCUGAGCACCUACCCCCCUGUGAACCAGCUGGCUCUGCGGCUGAAUGUGAGUUGCCCAUUUGGGACGAUGAAGCUUUUUAGGGGAAGCCUCUGGUCCUCUGCAGCUUUGGGGAGAUCCUAUUUGCCCACUUCAGCCCAUGAGGGUGGGGGGCCUGGGACCCCCAAGAUGGCCUGCGGGAGAGAAGACUGUGCAAGCGGAGAGUUGCCCCUGGGGCUGAGGGGCCUCUCCUGCCCCCUGGAAAAGGGGGUGCUUGAUGCCCCGUGGCAGAUCGCCCUUCCCUUCCUCCUCUCCCAAGCUGGCCUCCCCUUCCCUUCCCUUCCCUGCCCUCGGCAAAGGCAGCCGUGGUCUCUCUUGCACAGAAAUGGAGGAAGCUGCCGCUGAACCAAGGACGGCCCACGCUGUCUGGCCAGGGAGUCUCUGCGGUUUGAGGCCAGAGGGCCUCUUCCCCAGCCCUACGUGGAGGUGCUGCUGGCAGAUUGACCUGGUCCUCCUCCCUGAGUUGGGACAGCCCUUCCCUCUGUUCAGGGGUGAAAGGUCAAGGCUGUGUCCGAGGGGCCGUACGGUGCCAGCCAGGGAGUGCCAAAGGGAGAAGCCCUUUUAAGAAGGCCUCACACUUGCCUGCCGGACCUUGUGGCCAGCGGACGAGAAACCACCUGCUCCUGUUGGACUCUUGGUUUUCCUAGAAAAGGUGAAAUUCCAGGAGCAGCGGCUCUGGGCUUGACAUCUUGUUUCUUUCUAGGCUGCAAAGUUGGCGUCUGUGCUAAAGAAGAUGUUGGAACUGACCAGGUGAGCAGGGCAGCCUCUCCUCUGUCUCUGCCACUUCCGCCUGGGGGGGUGGGCAGAGGGGCACAGCUGGUGGGGAAACGGUUUCCGUCUUAAAGACCUAGCCAGCCUUUUGCUGCAGCACAAUCGCCCUCGAUGCUGGGACUGGGGGCCUUGUCAGGGUGGCCCCCCAUUGCUCACCUGCAUCUCUCUCUUUCCUCCCUCCCCAGCGCCAGCUUUGUCUGCCCUCCGUCGGAAGAGAACUGGGUGCAGUUCCUGGCCGGGGCAGUUGACCACAACAUGGACAAAAUCAAAGAGCUGACCCAAGGGCUCCUUUGAUGGGACCCCCUGUGCGAGGGGUGCCGGACCCAUGGGUGCCUUCUGUGGCUGCCUGCAGAAGAGGGAGGAGGCAGGACUCCUGCGGGACCCCAUAGCUGCUGCCCCUGUGCUCUGGGGUGGGCAAUAAAGUCCCCCCUGUGCUUGUGCUGGCCAGGCUCCUGCGCUAGAGAAAGUCUUGUGUGCUCCUCAUCAUUUAUAGCGCCUCACCCAUGCACCUGGGGCUUCACAAAGCACCGGAGGAAGCCAGGUCUCUGCCCCAAGGAGACUGCAGGCCGAGACGUAACGCAGGGGAAGGAGGGAGCCGCACAGGCGCCGCUUGUCCUUUGGCUCUACCUGCUAAACAGCAGUGCAGGAGAGCAGCCCGCUUGCUUUGGGGACAGGGGGGCUGCUGCUUUUGGAAAGGGCUCCCCCGCACUGGGCUGAUGAGGAAGGAGCCACGGUCUGAGGGGUGUCACUCCAAGUGCAUUUAAUGGUAAUGCGGGGGAGGGGUCCUGUUGCUUUGGAGAAGCUCUAAGCUGCUGCCCCCACCUGGAUGGUCCUGCAGGCCUUGAGGGGCUGGAGCAGGGGGCUCUCUGCACGCACUGUCAGCCUCCGGGGCCCGGCCUGGGUCGGCGUGAAGGGGAUCCUCAGCGCUUUGCUGCUGCCAGCUGGGAUGUCUCCAAGCCUGCAGAGAGGAGGAGAGGGGGCUGUUAGGGGCAGAAGGGGGUCGCCAGCUCUCCUGAGGAGGGGCAGCUCAGGAGGAGGAUGGAGCAAGCCUGUUUUCUCCUGCUCCAGAUGGAUUCACGGAAUCAGAAUGGUAGACUGGCAAGGGGCAUCUCGGGCACGACUCACGUUCCAAGAAAGGAGAUUCCAUGUCAACACCAGGAAGAACUUUGGACAGGAGGACCUGUUUGAUGGCGGAAGGGACUCCCUGGGGAGGUGGGGGACUCUCCUUCCUGGGAGGUUUCUGAGCAGAGGCUGGAUGGCCAGCUGUCAGGGAUGCUUGAGCUGAGAUUUCUGCAUUGCAGGGGGCUGGACUAGAUGGCCCUCGGGGUCCCUUCCAAUUCUCCAAUUCAAUGAUUCUAAGAGCAGCUCCUCACCUUUCCCCCCCCCCCCAAGCCUAUAAACACCACCCCGCCAUCUGUUAUCAGAGGUGCCAAGCAGGUGAAUCCAGCUGGCACCUCAGCAGAGAGCCCUUCCCCCUCAAUCCUGGCAGACAAGAGGGGCUGGGCUGGCACAGUCCCACCCCCUCCCACCUCCGCUUGCUCUGAUCCAGCCAUGGGGAGUGUGUGCCUUUGCCUUCACCUGGAAUGCCAGGGAGCCUUCUCUCCUUCAUGGAGAGGGCUUGAUCCCCCCACCCCAAAGAAAGCCACCUUGCCCAGGAGUGCCCUCACCUGUAGCUCCUGGUCUUGUGGAUGAGUCCCCAUCCUGACACGGAGACGAGGCAGCCUGGGAGGGGCUCCGGGAGGGGGUUGUGGAGCUGGAUCUCUGCUUGGGUGGCCUGGAACUGGGCUGUGCGCUCAGGGACCUUCAUGGAGAAAGCAGGACAAUGGCAGCACAGGGAUUGGGGGGUCUGGGGGGCAGGGGUGGGCUGAAGCCAUAGACCCACUGGGCUUGCUAAUGGGGAGGGGCAGGGCUCUACCCAGCCUGCUUUGCUGUGGCACCCCAAGUCUGAAGAAACAAGGACCUCCUCCCCUGAAGGGCUCACGGUCAGGAAAGGGGACUGGGGGCUCACUCCCUCAAAACAGGCAUUGGAGGAGGCCUUUCUUGAGAUACUGUGGUGCAACAGCUAGAGUUGCUCCAGGACCUGGAAGAGACCAGGGUUCAAAGGCCUACUCAGCUAUGAAGCUCCCUGGGUGACCUUGGGCCAAUCACUGUUCCUCAGCCGAACCUACCUCACAGGGUGGUUGUGCAGUGGGGAGGAAGAACCCUGUGUACCACCGUGAGCUGCUGGAGGGGGGGAUUAGAAAGUAGUUGAUUUUUCUCUGCUCUGCCUUCAGGUGUUAGUGGGGUUCAGCUGUGUCUGUGCAGUUAGCUGGAGAAACGGGGGGGUGUUGCUCUGGCCUCCCACUGACCUGGAUGUUGAGUCCGGGGGCACAGAAGCGGAUUUCCUGCCAGGCCAGGUGGUUGCUAUGGGAGGCCGUGUCUCUCAGCAGCGCCGUCAGCUUCAGCAAGAGAGAGUUGUUGCGCAGGGCUGGGCCGUAUUCUGCGUAAGGCAGCGUGGUGCUCAGGGCUUCCUCUGGAAAACAAGACAGGGGGGGCUCAGGGAGAGUCACAGAGGGCACCAAGGACUUGUCCAUCACAGGCUGUGAUGCCUCUGCAAGAAACUUGGACUAGAUGGGAGGGGUGUUUGCAGGAUGCAUCCUCCUCCUGAGCCAGACCAAUGGCCCAUCUAGCCCUACAGGGUCAGCACUGGCCGCAAGGCACUUUCUCUACCCAGAGGUGCCAAAGGGGCUAGAUGCCCCUUUGGACCCCUUCCAACUUUGGUUCUCUGUGUAGGAGAGUAGCAGCCAAUCUUAAGAAAAGCCUCUUCUUUCUAAUUAGCAUGAGAAGGGGUUAAGACCACAGAGCUGUUUUGCUGAUAGGCAGAGACUCAGACCAUAGAAAUACAUUUGGUAGAGAGGGCUCUGUGUGAUGUCACUUCCCCUCAUCUCUCUUCCUUUGACCAGCCAAGAGGGCAGACAUGCCCUUUAUCUGCUCCAGCUCAGGCAGAUGCCAGAAGCUGAUUAUACUGUAAACAGAAGUAUUUUGCUUGCAUAGCUUUUGCUGCUACUGUUGAGGUUAACCAAUGCAUGAUUUUAAAUAAAUUCUAUUUUUAAACUU